UGUUUCAAAAGUAGUGUCCUUGUUUCUGAUGUUAAGACAACUGCUUGUUUCUGAAUAUGAUGGAACAACUUUUGGGCAAACUCAGAGACUCAUUCAGCAUCAACUUAAAACUGUUUCGAUCAUUGUUUCUGUCUUUAAUAGCACUGAUUAUUUUUGCAUAUUUUGCUUUUUAUCAAGGUGAAGUGAAAAAAAUCUCAGGUUAUGGAUUUUGGGAGAGACACCAAAAUCUCCGGUCUUCAGAGUCUCAGAUGAAACGAGGAGAUCAACAGCCAUUAUGGAAACCUGAGUUUCUAGGUGAAGUGAACAUGCAUGCUUUUCAAGACUGGUGUGGAGGUUCUGUGGAUCAGCUAAGGGCAAAUGUGCUGUACCCUCUUUUUCCCCAUACUCGCACCACAAUCAGAAGGCUGGCUGUUCAUGCUGGAUGGACUAAUUAUGGUCUGAGAAUCUUUGGAUACCUUCAUCCUCCAAUAAGUGGUGAAUACAUUUUUGCUGUUGCCUCUGAUAAUAAUGCAGAAUUCUGGCUGAGUUCAGAUGAGAGCACAAAAAAUAUCAAACUCAUGGCCUACCUUGGCAAGACAGGAAAGGAAUGGGCAGCCCCAGGAGAGUACGGGAAAUUUUCAACUCAAAUAUCUCUGCCUGUAUUAUUAGCAAAAGACACACAGUAUUUCUUUGAAGUACUCUACAAACAAAGUGAAGGGAUUGAUCACCUGGAGGUUGCUUGGCGUCUCAAUAAUGAAUACAGCAGUUUUGAGGUCAUUACUGCAGAGUAUUUGUCCCUCUAUGCUGAUGACAAUUCUCUACUAUUGGUGGAAAAUUAUGACAUCCCUCAAACGAAAGCCAGUCAUGAAUGGUCCCGUGACCCCAUUUUCAAUCCAGACAAACCUGAAGUGGACAUGGUCAAAGAAGACCCACGUGACUCAAUUUACAGGAUACCACUGCUGAACGAGUCCUAUUUGGAAAAUGUGUUUCCUGAAUGUGAUUACGCUCCACUUCAUGUAUAUGACAACUCAACCAUUGAGAGAUAUGAUGGUAUAAAUUAUGUUCACUACUCCUCAGUGUAUCCCAAUGACCACACCAGAUUAGCUCAUGAAGGGACUGAUGCACAGAUGUGCUUUUACCAAAAGGAUGAAUUAUUUGAAAAAGGGGGUGGGUUUGGUUCAUAUCUGAAAAUUGAAAACAGAGCAGAAGAAGAAGCAGCUGGUACAUUGUCCAUAGACUCCCAACAGGAGCCAAAAUGGAAACAGAUUUUCAGUAUAAAUGCUUUGGAUUUCCAUUCAAAGCAGGGCAAUUCUGCCACUCAGGCCUGCAGACGAGCUGGAAAUAUUAUAAUGCUCAAAAAAGAAGUCAUGCCUGUAGUUGAAGCCUUCAGGACUCAACUACAAAACGACACAACAAAGACCACGAGUGAUCUGGUCAUAAAGCAUGUGCUAAAUGUCGAGAAGAAGUCAGAUGAUGCUGUGGGUGUUCGAUACCUGCUGGAGCUGGAGCUGGAGGACAGACAGGGGAAAAACUUUUUGCUCUCCAAGUACGUCUAUACUACAGAGGACAAAAAUAAACAGAAGAAUCAAGAAGUACCUACCCUUUGCAGCCCAAAAGGUUUUGCCUGGCGCCCAGAAGCAACAGUCCAUGUUAUUCUAGCAGUGAAAAACCAAGGAAGAUGGGUCAUUCAUUUCAUAAAGGAAAUGGAGAAAGUGUACAAAGCCACAGGAGACAAAAACUUUAACAUCAUUCUCAUUGACUAUAAUAGCACAGAUGUUGAUGUAGAGAAGGAACUGAAAAAUGCUAAUCUACCAAGCUACCAAUUUAAGAGAUUGGAUGGACCUUUUGGAAGAUCACCAGGACUUCAAGUAGGAAUAGACCUUGUCAAAGACGAGAACAGUAUUUUGUUCCUGUGUGAUCUGCACCUCCACUUUCCUUCGACACUAAUAGACAGUGUGCGUAAACACUGUGUGCAAGGGAAAAUGGUGUUUGCUCCUGUUGUGAUGAGACUAGAAUGUGGUGCCACAGUGCAUGCCCCUGCAGGUUUCUGGGAAACGGUAGGUUAUGGUCUGAUUGCCAUUUAUAAAUCAGACAUGGUUCGAAUUGGAGGAAUGAACAUUAAAGAAUUUACAAGCAAGUGGGGAGGAGAGGACUGGGAGUUGCUGGACAGAAUCCUACUGCAUAAGCUAGAGGUGGAACGACUAAACCUGAGGAAUUUUUUACACUUCUUCCAUACAAAGCAAGGCAUGUGGAACACAGAAUGAAUCUUGAACAGCAUGGACAGCAUCAGUUGGAAGGACACAGAGCAUGUUGUAAAGAGUUUUUAAGAUAUAUUAUUUUUGCUAUUUUCAAAUUUUAACAUCUAUCAAAAAGUUUAUGCAGCAACCAAAGUGUGAUAAAUAAAUUGAAAGCUUGAUGCAUUUUUAAAUGGUUUAAAUUAACCCUUCAAUAACAAUCCAAUGAUGUUCAUGUUUACCUGCCCUUUUUUUACAAUGUGGAAAAAUGUUUGUUUUUCACACCAUUCUAUGUAAACUCUAGAAACUGUUGUGUGUGAAAACCCCAGGAGAUCAGCAGUUUCUGAAAUACACAAACCAGUCCAUCUGGCACCAACACCCAUGCCACAGUGAAAGUCACACUUUGAGAUCACAAUUUUUCCCAUUCUGAUGUUUGAAGUGAACAUUAAAGCAGAUAUGCAAAACUUUUAUUUUUAAAUAAAUUUCUGAGUGGAUAGUAUCUCCAUCCUUAAUUCUUGUAUGCUGCAUAAAUGGGAAUAAUAUAUAUAUAUAUUUUUGAGAGUUAAAAUCGACCGCAAAGUUGGCAUUCGAGCUGAGUGCAUGACGUCACAGUGGUAACCGGUUUUAAGGCCAAGGCCUUUUACAACUAAAGACCAAAGUUAUAUAAAUAAAAAGUUAUGGUGAAAGUGAGAAAUACCAUUACCGAUUUGCUCAACUAAGACUGAUUUGACUUCAUUGAUUGUGGGUGGACUCUCAUUAAAACAGGAUAGGUGUUAUAACUUAUGCAACAUACAUGCAUGCAUUUUCACUGAUAAAACAUAGAAGGCUAAUUAAAUAAUCAGAUGAACUGAGACAAUCACAUUCUGAAGCAAAUUAAAUAAUCUUAUACUCGUAACUUAAACACACAAUACAAGUUGUACGUGUAUUAAUCUAAAUGCAGGUAAACAACAUGUUGUUUUUGUUGUUUUGUAUCCAAAUGAGAGUCGGAGCUUACCUCUCUGUGUUCUCACUUGAAGGCCAAUCUUGUGGCCGAUUGUUUUGAAACAAUCUGACUUUCAGUUGUUUGUUCAGUUCUCCGUUCAUUUGCUUCUUCCACGUAAAGGUGAGAUGGCAGCAAUAUCCAGCAGAGAAAUCAGAUGGCUGGUCCACUCAUUGUCCAUUUUCUCCAUACUUAGUACUCCGCCAUGCUCGGCUCAGGCAAUUACUAAAACCUGGGACGGGACGGGAUGUCACCGGUUUUAGCAACAACCACAGGGAGGUCACUGCCCGAGCGAUAUGUCAUGUCCUGUUCCGUCCCGGGUUUUACCAACAACCCUCGGCUCACACUAUGGGAGAACUGGUGCAACUGAACUUACUUUCCUUUUUUUAAAAAAAUAAAUAAAUAAAACAAAUACUUUCGUUUUCUCGUAGUUUUAUUUAAUUGUUGGUACUGCACCCUCUUUCAAUACGGGCUUAUAGCCAACGCUCCUCAACAGAUCAGAGGUCUCGUAUGAGUCUUCAGUAAAAUGUGCAGAGCAGAGGAGAGACCACUUCGUAGGUGCCCAAUGUGCCCGUGAACUUCUCGCAAAACGUGUCCAAAUCUUUGCAGUUUGAACAUUCUUGGGCCACGAAUCCAAUGUAAAUCCACCUUCUGUCAUGUUGCUGCACCCGCCAGCAACACAUCUACGUGGCAUGGCAAUAAAUUAGCUCAAAAUGGAGGAUCGGAGUUGCAGUCAGCUCUGUGUUUUAGUAUAGCGGAAAUGGUGAUGAGACCGAUAGCCUUCCUGCUGUGACGUUGCAGACGUCAAGGUCAUUCACUCAGACCGCUACCUAUAUGAAUCACUUUAAUCAUAAAAAUGACUGUUAGAUUUAUUGUUAACGCUUAAAACUAUUCCUGUGCCAUUCUUGAGGUCUCAAGGCAUUUAUAAAUUAAAGUGAGCCCAUGGUUCUGCGUAUCUACUUUAACUGAAGCUCUUGAUUUGUAUCUGCAUGAUUUGAUGCAUUGUUCUGCUGUCAAGGGAUUGGCUGAUUAGAUAACUGCAUAAACCAGCAGGUGGGUGGGUAUACUUAAUAAAGUGGCUGGUGUGUGUGUGUGUGUGUGUAAGCAUUGUUUAUAUUUACUUCAACUGUAAAAAGAAUUAGACUAGGUUAUUAUUUAUUGAUUCCAUGUGAUAUGAAAAAGAAGUUAAUAAAAAUCCUGUAAGAUUA